UAGCUCGUCCCUAACUCCCCCUCGCACCUCCCCUGCAAAUGGCGACACUAAACCACCUUUCUUCAGUUCACAUUUCGACUUCCUCUCUUCGUCCAUUCGCUGCUCCCUCUUCCACAAAUACCCCUAACCUCUCACUCAAUUCACAAGCCGGACCAUUCUCCCUUUUCCUCCCAUCCAUUUCUCUAAAACCUCACACCAAACCCAAACCUCGGGCUUCGGUCAUCGUUUUGGCGGUCAAGACCCUCGCGGAGACGGAGCUCAUCGUCGUCCCAGAAGACUCCGAUCAAUUCGCCGGACAAUUUCCGCCGGAGACCGGCGUUUACGCCGUCUUCGACAGUGACGGCGACCUCCAGUUCGUCGGACUAUCCAGGAACAUUGCCGCGAGUGUUCUCUCUCAUCGGAAAUCGGUACCGGAGCUUUGUCAUUCCGUCAAGGUUGGUGUAGUAGAUGAACCGGAUAAAACAGCCCUAACUCAGGCUUGGAAAUCAUGGAUGGAGGAGCAUAUUAAAGCCACUGGAAAGGUACCUCCAGGUAAUGCAUCAGGGAAUACAACUUGGGUGCGACAGGCACCGAAGAAGAAGGCUGAUCUACGGCUCACACCAGGCCGCCACGUCCAACUGACUCUACCAAUGGAGGAACUCAUUGAUCGGUUGGUAAAGGAGAACAAAGUGGUGGCUUUCAUUAAGGGUUCAAGAAGUGCACCACUUUGUGGAUUCUCACAGAGGGUUAUUGGCAUCCUCGAAAGUGAAGGCGUGGAUUAUGAGAGUGUCGAUGUGCUUGAUGACGAGCAUAAUUUCGGAUUAAGGGAGACGCUGAAGAGGUACAGCAACUGGCCUACUUUCCCUCAGAUAUUUGUUGGUGGAGAAUUGGUUGGAGGUUGUGAUAUUCUGACAUCUAUGAAUGAGAAGGGUGAACUUGGUAGUUUGUUCAAGAAGUAAAUGGCGUUGGAGUUUUGACCUGUUUGUUGGUCGUUUUCAUAUAUGGCAUUGGUCAAUAGGGGAUGGUUUUGCUAUGGUUUAGGCAGUCCAAAUCAUUUCGAUUUACUGAGCUAAAAGGAAUAGUGAAUCUUAGACUUGCAACUUUGUUUGCGAUCUUCAUUAAUAGAACUGAGAAAAUUAUUCCAAUCUAACGAAGUGCAUCUUAAAAGUAGAAAAAUGUUGUCUAGGCAUGUCUACGCUCCUUUUCCACUGUUUUGGUAGUUUUUACCAUUGCAAAUAUUUUCAUUUGCAUGCAUACGACAAACUCUUGAACAAAAGGACCUCACUUUAACGACCAACAUGUAUUUCUAAGGCUUCAUCAAGGGGAAAAAAAAU